AGAGAGGACUAUACUCUAUGGUCUGCUGUCUGACGUUUGUUCUCUGAUGACAGUUCUUUCUUGUUAAAAUUUGUGUCCAACAUGGCUCGAGGACCUAAGAAGCAUUUGAAGCGUUUGAACGCUCCCAAAGCAUGGAUGUUGGAUAAGCUGGGCGGCGUGUACGCGCCGCGGCCGUCCACGGGCCCGCACAAGCUGCGCGAGUGCCUGCCGCUGGUCAUCUUCCUGCGCAACCGCCUCAAGUACGCGCUCACCGGUAACGAGGUGCUCAAGAUCGUCAAGCAGCGCCUCAUCAAAGUGGACGGCAAAGUGCGGACAGACCCGACGUACCCUGCGGGCUUUAUGGAUGUUGUUUCUAUUGAAAAAACAAAUGAACUUUUCCGUCUUAUCUAUGAUGUCAAGGGCAGAUUUACCAUCCACAGGAUUACUCCAGAGGAAGCAAAGUAUAAGUUGUGCAAAGUGAAGCGCGUGGCGACGGGCCCCAAGAACGUGCCCUACCUCGUGACGCACGACGGCCGCACGCUGCGCUACCCCGACCCGCUCAUCAAGGUCAACGACUCCGUGCAGCUGGACAUCGCCUCCUCGAAGAUCAUGGACUUCAUCAAGUUUGAAUCAGGCAACCUGUGCAUGAUCACGGGCGGCAGGAACUUGGGGCGCGUGGGCACCAUCGUGUCGCGCGAGCGCCACCCCGGCUCCUUCGACAUCGUGCACAUCCGCGACUCCACCGGACACACCUUCGCCACCAGACUGAACAACGUGUUCAUCAUCGGCAAGGGCACGAAGGCGUACAUCUCGCUGCCGCGCGGCAAGGGCGUGCGCCUCACCAUCGCGGAGGAGCGCGACAAGCGCAUCGCGGCCAAGGUGGCCGGCCAGUAGAUAUAAGUCGACCAAUAAAACAUCAAAAAACAUCAAAACCCUA